GGGAGGCCGCUGCAGCGGGGACACCGCGCCGCUGCCCAACAUGGUCGCUGCGCACGCUGCCCAUUCUUCGUCCUCCUCCGAGUGGAUCGCCUGCCUGGACAAAAGACCGUUGGAACGAUCCAGUGAAGAUGUGGAUAUAAUCUUCACACGGCUGAAAGAAGUUAAAGCUUUUGAGAAAUUUCACCCAAAUCUCCUUCAUCAGAUUUGUUUAUGUGGUUAUUAUGAGAAUCUGGAAAAAGGAAUAACAUUAUUUCGUCAAGGUGAUAUUGGAACAAACUGGUAUGCUGUCCUGGCAGGGUCUUUGGAUGUUAAAGUAUCUGAGACCAGCAGUCACCAGGAUGCCGUGACCAUCUGUACUCUGGGGAUCGGAACGGCCUUUGGAGAGUCCAUCCUGGACAACACGCCCCGCCAUGCGACCAUCGUCACCAGGGAGAGCAGCGAGCUGCUCCGCGUCGAGCAGAAGGACUUCAAGGCUCUGUGGGAGAAAUACCGACAGUACAUGGCGGGACUGCUGGCUCCUCCUUAUGGUGUUAUGGAAACGGGUUCUAACAAUGACAGGAUUCCCGACAAGGAGAACACACCUCUCAUUGAACCUCACGUUCCUCUUCGUCCUGCUAACACCAUUGCCAAGGUCCCUUCAGAGAAGAUACUCAGGGCUGGAAAAAUUUUGCGAAAUGCCAUUCUCUCUCGAGCACCUCACAUGAUAAGAGAUAGAAAAUAUCACCUCAAGACAUACAGACAAUGCUGCGUGGGGACCGAGCUGGUGGACUGGAUGCUACAGCAGACUCCAUGCGUCCACUCCCGAACUCAGGCCGUCGGCAUGUGGCAAGUUCUGGUGGAAGACGGCGUUCUCAACCACGUGGACCAGGAGCAUCACUUCCAAGACAAAUAUUUAUUUUAUCGAUUUCUGGAUGAUGAGCACGAGGACGCUCCUUUGCCCACGGAGGAGGAGAAGAAGGAGUGUGAUGAGGAGCUGCAGGACACCUUGCUGCUGCUGUCACAGAUGGGGCCUGACGCCCACAUGAGGAUGAUCCUCCGCAAAUCACCUGGCCAGAGAAAUGUGGAUGACCUGGAGAUUAUCUAUGAUGAGCUCCUUCACAUUAAAGCCUUGUCCCAUCUUUCUACCACCGUGAAGCGGGAGUUAGCCGGCGUUCUCAUUUUUGAGUCUCAUGCUAAAGGAGGCACCGUGUUGUUUAACCAGGGGGAAGAAGGUACCUCCUGGUACAUUAUUCUGAAAGGAUCGGUGAAUGUAGUCAUUUACGGCAAGGGUGUGGUCUGUACCCUGCAUGAAGGAGAUGAUUUUGGCAAGUUGGCACUAGUGAAUGAUGCCCCGAGAGCUGCCUCUAUUGUCUUACGAGAAGAUAAUUGCCAUUUCUUAAGAGUCGACAAGGAGGAUUUCAACCGGAUUCUGAGGGACGUCGAGGCAAACACAGUCAGACUUAAAGAACAUGACCAAGAUGUCUUGGUGCUGGAGAAGGUCCCUGCGGGGAACAGGGCUUCUAAUCAAGGAAACUCACAGCCUCAGCAAAAGUAUACUGUGAUGUCAGGAACACCUGAAAAAAUUUUAGAGCAUUUUCUAGAAACAAUACGCCUUGAGCCAGGUUUAAAUGAAGCAACAGAUUCUGUUUUAAAUGACUUUGUUAUGAUGCACUGUGUUUUUAUGCCAAAUACCCAGCUUUGCCCAGCCCUGGUGGCCCACUACCACGCACAGCCUUCACAAGGCACGGAGCAGGAGAAAGUGGAUUAUGCCCUCAACAACAAGAGGCGAGUCGUCCGCCUGGUUUUGCAGUGGGCCGCCGUGUAUGGAGACCUCCUGCAAGAGGAUGACGUGGCUCUGGCUUUCCUGGAGGAGUUUUAUGUGUCUGUGUCCGACGACGCCCGGAUGAUCGCUGCCCUUAAGGAGCAACUGCCCGAGUUGGAGAGGAUCGUCAAGCAGAUUUCAGAAGAUGCCAAGAAUCCACAAAAGAAGCACAAAGUUCUUUUGCAACAGUUUAACACGGGCGAUGAAAGAGGCCAGAAGCGCCAGCCUAUCCGAGGCUCUGAUGAAGUUCUGUUUAAGGUCUAUUGCAUGGACCACACCUACACAACCAUUCGGGUGCCGGUUGCUGCCUCGGUGAAGGAAGUCAUCAGUGCAGUUGCGGACAAACUGGGCUCUGGGGAAGGCCUGAUCAUCGUCAAGAUGAGUUCCGGAGGAGAAAAGGUGGUGCUCAAGCCUAAUGAUGUUUCCGUGUUUACGACGCUCACCAUUAACGGACGCCUGUUUGCUUGCCCGCGAGAGCAGUUCGAUUCACUGACUCCCUUGCCAGAACAGGAAGGCCCAACUGUCGGAACAGUGGGAACUUUUGAACUGAUGAGCUCGAAAGAUUUAGCAUACCAGAUGACAAUUUAUGAUUGGGAACUCUUCAACUGUGUGCAUGAGCUGGAGCUAAUCUAUCAUACAUUUGGAAGGCAUAAUUUUAAAAAGACCACGGCAAACUUGGAUUUGUUCCUGAGGAGAUUUAAUGAAAUUCAGUUUUGGGUUGUCACUGAGAUUUGCCUUUGUUCCCAGCCCAGCAAACGUGUUCAGCUCUUAAAAAAAUUUAUUAAGAUUGCAGCCCACUGUAAGGAGUACAAAAACCUGAAUUCCUUUUUCGCCAUCGUCAUGGGACUGAGCAACGUCGCGGUGAGCCGCUUGGCCCUGACGUGGGAGAAACUGCCAAGCAAGUUCAAGAAGUUCUACGCGGAGUUUGAAAGUUUAAUGGAUCCUUCAAGAAACCACAGGGCCUACAGGCUGACGGUAGCGAAGCUGGAGCCUCCUCUCAUCCCCUUCAUGCCUUUGCUCAUCAAAGAUAUGACAUUUACUCAUGAGGGGAACAAGACGUUCAUUGACAACCUAGUCAACUUUGAAAAAAUGCGCAUGAUUGCAAAUACUGCCAGAACAGUGAGAUACUGCAGAAGCCAACCUUUCAAUCUUGAUGCAGCUCAAGCUAAUAAGAACCAUCAGGAUGUCCGGAGUUAUGUACGGCAAUUAAAUGUGAUUGACAACCAGAGAACUUUAUCACAGAUGUCACACCGAUUAGAGCCUCGGCGACCAUAGACAUUUAAAGUGCCCGAACAGUGGUUUGCCUCCAGUCCACGAUCUUUCAAAAAUGGCAUUUAUGCUACUACCAACUGUAUUGUCACUAGAGAAUUCUACAAAACAAGCAAAGACACACCCUGAGACAGCUCAGGGCCGCAUUCAGCUUACCAGCGUCAUGACAAGAGAAGAAAUUAUUUGCAUCAAGCUUGCACUCUCUAGCUUAAGAUUCUCCAGUUUGUAGUCAUCUGAUUUCAUUUCCAACUGUGCCAUCUUCUUUGCUGAAACAUAAAGUGAGACCCACAUGAAGAGCUUGGUAGAAAUGCUAUUGUCAAGAGAAAUAUCAAGCCCAACAUUUUUUCUAAGAGUGUUUACACAGUGAGAUGUGCUACAAAUGAGAUUUAUUUGGAUACAUCAGUGGUCGUAUAGUUUCAUCAUUUUUAACUCAACUUCUUGAUUUGGAGCAUGAGGUUUUCGGAGGGUGUUGAGGAAUUAAUAUAAAUCCAAAUUAUAGGUUGUAUUCUUCCAUUUUCAUAGUCUUAUCUCUGAAGAAAUUGAACCUGACCAUCUUACUAUAAAACAUUAUGGCUAUUUAUGUAAUUUAGGGAGGACCAGUCUGUAAUUUCUGAAUGAUAUAUAGAAUAAUAUUUAUGUUUACAAUGUAACUUUUUUAAACUUACAAAUCAGGAUUACAUACAUAAGAAUUCCACUAAGAAACUCCAAGGUUCUUAAAAUUGCCAGCGUUUAGAUAAAAAAACAAAAGCAAAAAAAAAAACAAAAAAA